AACAGCGAAGCUCGCUUCCUCGUUCCCCGAGGAAUGUUAAGUCCCACCUAGUUCCUGUCUUUCCUCGGUCCCAGCAGCCCCAGGAGAGAGGCAGGCAGACAGACGCGGGCCAGGCUGAAAAGAUUUGGGAGAGAAGGACGAGCUGUGCGUGUGUGGGGUCCCUAGGGAAGGGCAAUCGGGCAACACACCGCAGCCAGGAGGUGCGAGUCAGGGCUUUUUCUGUGACAGCACUCACCAGUAUGGAGUACCGGCACCUCUUUUUCUGCUGCCAAUGGCAGACAUUUUGUGCUGGCACCCACCCACCCACUUUUAUCAAUAUAAGAGUACCGGCUCCUCAUUUUUUUACCAAUAAACACCACUGAUCCAAGGGUUGAUCAAGGACUAAAGAACAGUUGGUCCAGCAACUAGUGGACAUCAUUGACUGCACUGACUAGUUUUGCAUACUGCAAACAUGUCUGAAAUUGAUUUUGAAAAGUUAGCUGAAAUAGAAUUAAGGAAAGAUGAGGCAGAAAAUGCAGAUACUGAAGAGAGCAAGGGCUCGUUUGCAACUGUGUCAAAUGGAGAUGCUGAAAUAAGCAUGAGUCACCCAUAUUAUGAUGUGGCAAGACACAAUAUCAUUCACUUUGUAGGUGAUGAUAAUUUGGGGAGAAAAGUGAUUGUUUUCAGUUGCUGCCAUUUGCCCCCUUCCUACCAGCUUAAUCACAGUCGAUUAUUAGAAUAUUUAAAGUAUACAUUGGACCAGUAUGUGGAAAAUGACUACACAGUUGUCUACUUUCACUAUGGACUGAACAGUAAGAAUAAACCCUCCUUGAGCUGGUUACAAAGUGCCUACAAAGAAUUUGACAGGAAGUAUAAGAAAAAUCUGAAAGCACUCUACAUUGUACAUCCAACCAAUUUCAUAAAAAUUAUUUGGAACAUUUUUAAACCUCUGAUCAGUCACAAAUUUGGAAAAAAGGUAAUCUAUCUGAAUUACUUAACUGACCUGAGAGACCAUCUCAAAUAUGAUCAGCUCAACAUUCCUCAAGAAGUUAUUCGACAUGAUGAAAAUCUUCGGACUAAACAAAAGAAAAAGCCACCCACUCCAGUGAAGAUCCCUCCACCAAGACCACCUCUCCCAACUCAGCAAUUUGGGGUUAGCCUCCAAUACCUCAAAGCUAAAAACAAAGGUGAAUUAAUCCCACCAGUAAUGAAGCACACAGUAGUUUAUUUGAAAAGAAAAGGACUCAAAGUGGAAGGACUGUUUAGGCGGUCAGCUAGCAUGCAAAGUAUUAAAGAGAUACAGAAACUUUAUAAUCAGGGAAAAUCUGUUAAUUUUGAUGAAUAUGAAGAUAUCCAUAUUCCUGCAGUCAUCCUUAAGACUUUACUCAGAGAACUCCCUGAGCCUUUAUUGACCUUUGCAACCUAUGAUCAAAUCAUUGGAAUUACCAGUGUAGAAAGCAGCUUACGGGUGAGCAGCUGCAAGGAAAUUGUGCAUGGACUUCCUGAGCAAAAUUAUGCUGUUCUGAAGUUUCUGAUCUGCUUCCUCCAUGUGGUGUCGCAGGAAAGCAUUUUCAACAAAAUGACUGGUUCCAACCUUGCUUGUGUCUUUGGCCUGAAUUUAAUCUGGUCAUCCCAAGGCACUCCUUCUUUCAGCACUCUAGUGCCUAUAAAUCUUUUUGUUGGGUUACUGAUAGAUUUCUAUCCCACAAUCUUCAGUUCUCGAAGUGUACCUGGCGAACAAUUACCUUGAAAAUAAAAAGAAAGGAAACUGAAAUAUACCACUAGGAAGGACCAUCUUCCAUCAUUCCAUGCAAGACUUCACUGAAUCACAUUUUCAAUGCAUACAAAAAUGGCUCACUUUACAUGAAGCAGCCUUAUGCCAAGGAGGUUUAUAGGGUUUUUCCCAGCUCUGCUCACUGAAUUCCCUUUGUUAAUGCUAGAGAUUGGAUCUGGGACCUCCAGCAUGCAAGGCAAUGCAUUCUUUCAUUGAGCUGUGGCACCUUCCUCAUCAAAUGUCUCUUCUGUUUUUCAAAGCAUACAUCUGUGUAGCAUCUACAAAUCUAUCAAUCCAAAAUAAAAAGUAAUUUGAGGAGGCAGGGUGUAAUAAUUGAUUCAGCUGUCAUUCCUGUAAUAAUGCCUGCUUUAUAAAACAUUUCAGUUACGAACCACUUUAAAUUACUUUUUGUUAAGUUUUAGCAGGAAUAAUAAUAAUAAUAAUAAAAUUUUAUUUGUUAGUCGCCCAUCUGUCUGACUUAACAGACACUCUGGGCGACUUACACAAUAUAAAAUACAAUUUAAAACAUAUUCAUACAACGGUCACCAUAUUAAACAACAAUACAUCUAAACCACCCGUUAGUAAUACAACAUAAUAGCCUAACCCACCCCAGAAAUCCCGUAGGCCUGCCUGAAUAACAAGGUCUUUAAGGCUCGGCGAAAAGCCAUCAGGGAGGACGCAUGUCGAAGGUCAAAAGGAAGCAAGUUCCAGAGGGUGGGGGCCACGACCGAGAAGGCCCUCUCUCUGGUCCGCACCAGCCUAGCUGUUAACACUUUAUACAUUUGUACAUGUGUGAAUACAGUGCUGUAUUAACUGUGUACAUGGAUUUUAGAUAUUCAACAUUUAGUGUAUAUUCAUUUAAGCCUUGUAGUUUUCCAGAUACUAUAGAGGCAAGUGCCAUGACAACUUAGGUAUUUUUAUAUAACAUCUGAGUUGUCCAUUGAACUUGCAUAUACCAUUUUUAAAAAAUCAUUUUCAGGACAUACUUCAAAUAUACUUACACUAAGGUCAGGAUCCAAAGGAUAUGUGCACAUGCAUUCUAUUGCAUGUGCUUCUUCCUCCCUCCCCUGGAUUGUCUUCCAGAUAUUGCCCCUCAAACCUCCUGCUUUUGGGCUUCCCAUUCCCACCUGUUGGAAGUGGAGCUGGAUUUGAUAUGCCUUUAGUUUGACAUAGCAGGGCUCUUCUUAUGCCUUUUACUGCUCUUUAAAGUGAGCUCAAAGACCCUCCGUGGCGCAGAGUGGUAAGUGGUGGUAAUGCAGCCGAAGCUCUGCUCACGGCCGGGCCUUCCAUCCAUCCGUGGUCGGUAAAAUGAGUACCCGGCAUAUGCUGGGGGGUAAAGAAAGGCCGGGGAAGGAACUGGCAAUCCCACCCCAUAUAUACGGUCUGCCUAGUAAACGUCGCAAGAUGUCACCCUAAGAGUCGGAAACGACUCGCACUAUAAGUGCGGGGACACCUUUACCUUUUUAAAGUGAGUUCAAACGUUAGUUUUAGGGAUCACAUACAAAAGGCUGGGAAAUGCUACCUGUACAUAUGUAGUAUUUUCUCCUGACUUCUCCUUUUGAACAGCUGUCAUUGUUUGGGCCAGAUUUAGGGACACAUGAUUUAGUUCCUUAUAUUAGCACUUCCUGUGGAUACCGCUGCUGUCAGAGGUUAAAUUGAUUAAUGUUUCAAUGAUGGUGCCAUAGCUUUGGUCCUUGCCUAGUUUACGUUUUUAGGAAGCUAGUAAAACUUCUAUUUCAAAGCAGUUUGGAUAUACUAGAGGAAGUUGUGCUUCUGUCAUUAGUUGUUUUGUUCUUUUAAUGAUGGUGAUUAUUUGUUAUUGUGAAAAGACUUCAAUAGAUACUGGUACUCCCCAUUUAAUUUAACAGCUGAGCCAACACACAGCUGAGUGAGAGCUGGAAGUAUUGGUAGAUAAGGACUCUGAAAGCUUUCUUCAAGAGAUAAAAGGUCAGCAUCUGAGAAGGGGGUGGGGAGAGUCCCAGAAUGGAGAAGGAGGAGUGGGUCUGGAGCUACAGCAGAGAAACACUGAAAAGAAACCAGGAUUUUUGAGAGCCAGCAGAGAUUAAUAAGGAAAGGGGGAGGGGGAGGUAAAAGAUGGGCUACAAGAGGAAUUUGGGCUGCCUCAGCAAAGCGUAUGAAGAAGAGGAGGAAGAAGAAGAGUGAUAGGACAGAAGUGUCUAUGGUUGUCAUCCCUAGUGGUGGGUGAGAAAGAGGGAGAAGAGUGAAGAGACAGGACAGGACACAGCAUAUAGAGAACAAAAUUAACACAGUGGAGUCUGAUGAUAAAAGGUGACAACAGAACUCUUUCAGUAAGUUCCCCACUAGGAGGUGCUCUGAGCACAAGGGGCCCCCUGGGGUUCUGAGGACUCCUGGGACCAGAAAUGGAGAUAAGAACUGACAAUUAUCUUUCCUCCAGGAAGCUUAGGGUUGCAUCCAUGGUCCCAUCUUAUCCUUACUUCUGCUGUGAGAUAGCUUAGAUAUAAAUAGUGACUGGUCCGAGGUCACCCUUUGGGUUCUAUAGUAGUGCAGGGACUUUAGUCCAGUUCUUCCCAGUCCAAAUUCAACACCCUAUCCAUUACACCACACUAGUGGUUGUUACCACAUUAGGUGCAUUUUGCAGAACAGCAGAAUACAAAAAAGAUCAUUUAAACUCCAGUUACCAUUACAUAAACAUUAAAUAGCAACAAGAUAAAGAUCAUUUAAAAAAAACACCUUACUCUGUUUUGCAAAUAAGUUCACAGAAGUUCCUAGCCCACGUACAUUCUUACUUCCUUCUAUCCUUACACAUAGAUAUAUUUGUGGCCUCAAAGAAAUGUUUGUAAAGCUUUCCUAUCUCAUCACCUGGAGGCAGUUCUUACUUGCUACAGGCAAUCAAGCCAGUUUUUGUUUAUUAUGAGCCUGGUUGUAUAUUUCAGUAGUCCUUGUCUGUCUCACUCGGAGAGAAUAACAGGCAUGUACUCAUUGUGCAGUAAUUACAGUACACUGGAAGUAAAGCUAUAGUCUGUUAAUGGUACUAUCUCAUUCACUCUAGAGCAUUGAUCUUAACUAGUGGGUUGGAAUCCACUAAUGGAACACACAGCCUGAUCUAAGGUGGGUCACAACAGCAUCACUGCCACCAUACAAAUAAUUGGUAAAAAAAAAGGAACUGGUUCCCAGAAGAAGUGAUGACUUCUACUCUAGAGUAGGAAUGAGCAUGAUGGGAGUUGAUGUCCAACAUCUAGAGGGCUGCAGGUUCCCCAUCUGUGCCCUAGAGGAAAAGUGAACAAUAUUUUGUACUGGUCUUUAUUCCAGACACCCUUAACAACUUGUGGAGGAGUGGAGUUGCGUCAUUUGGUGUCCAUGUUGUGAAGUGGCCCUAUGGUUGUAUGCACAACUCUUUACCACUGGCAGUGAAUGUGCAACAAGCAGGAAGGUAUGGUAGACAGGCAUGCUGGGGACAUGACCAGCAGGUGAAAUCUUCCCCAGGUUCAUGAACACAUGAAGGAGAAAUGGGGAAGACCCAUAGUUAGUGCUAGAGCAUAUUUCUUGCGUGCAGAGUUCCAUGUUCAAUCCUUGGCAUGUCCCGGUAGGGCUGGAAUAUACCCUCCUCAGAAAUCCCAAAGGACCACUGCUAGUCAGUACAGAUAAUAUUGAACUAGUUGGACCAAUGGUCUUACUCAGUACAAGGUAGAUUCCUAUGUGUUCCUAUGCGAAACCUUUUUUAGAAAGAUGGAUUUGGUCUAAAUCCAGUGUAUUUGGUUGAUUGCUCAUCACGUGGCUCAGAAACUGAUUGCUGACUAGUUUACAGCCUACUGACUGGUGCCUAGCAAGAAGUGUAUGCUACAUACACUGUUCAUGCUAUAUUAGCUGCCACUAGACACUUAAAAGUGGCUUAUACAUUUGCCACAUACUGAUCUAGUGAGGUUUUGCAUUUGUCUUUGCAGAUUCAGUGAUGUUGUCUUUCUAUUGUAUAUUGAAACCAGAAUAACAUCAUGUAUAUAAUAACCUCUUCCUACCAUUUCUAAUUCUUUUACAAAAAGGUAUCACAUGUUCUCUAGGAAUUGUUCCAAUUUGAUCCUGCUUGGGAGGUGGGAACUGUAAUAAAUAGAAUUACUUGUCAGUAAGAUGGAUUGCAUCCUUUUAUUGCAUCAGCUGUAACUUCAGGGCCACUUCACACAUUACAUGUUUCGAUGUACUCUGAGGCCUGUUGUUCACGUUAUGUUUGUAGGGAAGAAACUGCAAUUUGCAAUGUGGUUUCUUAUAAUAAUAAUAAUAAUAAUAAUAAAAUUUUAUUUUUGAGUCGCCUAUCUGGCCAAAUUAACGGCCACUCUAGGCGACGUACACCAACAGGAUAAAAUACAAUAUAAAACCAAUACAACACACUCAAUAAUUAAACCAACCACCACUCUUAUAUUUAAUCAACAACAUUAAAAGCUAACCCACCCCAGAGCUCCCGUAGGCCUGCCUGAACAGCCAGGUCUUCAAGGCUCGGCGGAAAUCUGUCAAGGAUGGGGCAUGGCGAAGAUCGAAAGGAAGGGAAUUCCAGAGGGUGGGGGCCACAAUCGAAAAUGCCCUCUCUCUGGUCCUCACCAGUCUAGCUGUUUUAACUGGUGGGACCGAGAGAAGGUCUUGUGUGGCUGAUCUUGUCAGGCGGCAUGACUGGUGAUGCUGGAGGUGCUCCUUCAGAUAAACUGGGCCGAAAUCAUAUAGGGCUUUAAAGGUCAACACCAGCACCUUGAAUUGGGCCCGGUAAACAACUGGUAACCAGUGUAGAUCCACUAACACCGGAGUGAUAUGAUCACGGUGACGGCUGUUCUUAAUCAAACGUGCCGCCGCGUUCUGUAUCAGCUGUAAUUUCUGGACUGUUUUCAAGGGCAACCCCACGUAGAGCGCAUUACAGUAGUCUAAACGAGAGGAGACUAGGGCAUGUAUCACCCGUGGGAGAAGAUGGGCAGGAAGGUAGGGUUGCAGCUUCCGUAUCAGAUGGAGUUGAUACCAGGCUGCCCGGCUCACUGCUGAAACUUGAGCCUCCAUGGACAGCUGGGAGUCAAGAACGACCCCCAGGCUGCGGACCUGGUCCUUCAGGGGUAAUCUUACCCCAUUAAAUACCAGGUCUAUAUCUCCCAACCUUCUCUUAUCUCCCACGAGCAACACCUCGGUCUUGUCGGGAUUUAGUUUCAGCCUAUUCCUUCCCAUCCAUCCACUUACGGAUUCCAGGCACUUGGACAUGGUAUCCACAGCCAACUCUGGUGAGGACUUAAACGAGAGAUAGAGCUGAGUAUCAUCCGUAUAUUGGUGACACUGCAGCCCAAAUCUCCGGAUGAUGGCCCCCAGCGGCUUUACAUAGAUGUUGAAUAGCAUGGGGGAGAGGAUAGAACCCUGUGGCACUCCACAAUUGAGAGGCCAAGGGUCUGAAACCACAUCUCCCAAUGCCACCCAUUGGUGCCUGUCUGAAAGAUAGGAACGGAGCCACCGUAAAACAGUGCCCCCUGUUCCUAAUUCCUCCAGGCGGUCUAAAAGGAUACCGUGGUCGACGGUAUCGAAAGCCAUCAUGUUAGAUGAGUAAGGUGAAAAGCUCAGAUUGUGGGCUUAUGCCCAUGCAAGUGUCGCCCCCCUCUUAGGAACUGAGUAAUGCUGGCAUAGGAAGAACUGCAGCAUCGACUCCUCCCAUGUGGCCUGGAGCUGCUGACAUUAGCAAAGCAAUGCAGGAAUGAGAUACACAUUUAUUAUCAAUUUUAUUAAUGUCUUUAUUUGCCACUUUUCUAUAAAUAUGCUCAAAGCGGCUUAUGGAAAGAGUAAAACAAAUGAACAUAUCGAUGCAGCAAAAAUGAUAAUGUAUAUACUAAAACAUAUUUCAUAAC